AUGGGGGACAUGGCGAACGAUAUCAAGCUGCUGAAGGGCAGUUCCCACGGGGAGCUGUCCCAGAAGGUCGCACAGCGUCUUGGAAUUCCUCUUGCGAAGACUAUGAGUCUGAACUACUCCAACCAAGAAACCAGCGUCCGCGACGAGGAUGUCUUCAUCCUGCAAUCGAGCGAGCCUGGAAACGUCAACGACGGCCUCAUGGAGCUUCUGAUCAUGAUCCACGCCUGCAGAACCGCAUCCGCCCGCCGAAUCACCGCCGUCAUUCCUUGCUUUCCUUACGCUAGACAGGACAAGAAGGACAAGAGUCGUGCUCCGAUCAGCGCGAAGCUGGUUGCGAACAUGCUUCAGGUUUCGGGAUGCAAUCACGUCAUCACGAUGGACCUUCACGCCUCGCAGAUCCAGGGAUUCUUCAACAUCCCCGUCGACAACCUGUACGCCGAGCCUAGUGUGCUCCAGUGGAUCAAGUCCAACAUGAGUGUCGAGGACACCGUCAUCGUCUCCCCCGACGCCGGCGGUGCCAAGCGAGCCACCGGUAUUGCCGAUCGCCUCGAGACUGGCUUCGCCCUGAUCCACAAGGAGCGCCCUCGCCCCAACGUCGUCGGUCGCAUGAUUCUCGUCGGAGACGUCAGAGACAAGAUUGCCAUCCUGGUUGACGACAUGGCUGACACCUGCGGCACCCUCGCCAAGGCUGCUGAGACUCUCAACAACGCCGGUGCUCGUGAGGUCAUCGCCAUCGUCACCCACGGCGUCCUCAGCGGCAACGCCGUCGAGACGCUCAACAACAGCUGCCUGUCCCGUAUCGUCGUGACCAACACCGUGCCCCUCGGCGACAAGAUCGAGCGCUGCCCCAAGCUGCGCGUCAUCGACAUCAGCCAGGUCCUUGGCGAGGCCAUCCGCCGCACCCACAACGGCGAGAGCGUCAGCUACCUCUUCAACCACGUCCCCGUGUAG